UCGGCAUCGCGUUUGGCGGGUGGUUCAGUCUCGAUUCUACAGCCAUGCGGUUUGCCUCGUGUUGACGUCGGUCUAGCCCGUUAGGUCGCCAUCAUCAUCAUCAUCAUCACCGUCAUCCUUCACCUUCAUUGUUAUCGUUCGUGCCCUGCUCGUCCUCAUCUUACUAAAUUUUUUGUCGCCUCAAUAUCGCGCACGGUUUGAUAUUAUUCCAGUGCGCAGUGUCGCUUAACAUGUUACACGCAUCGUCACGAUAGGUGAGAGACACAGAGGCUUUUGUUAACGAUUACGUCCUUAUUUUCUUCUCUAUCCUGCUCUACAUCUGUCCACCUUCACUUAUUUCCCCGUCCGAUUGAUUCCGUCGUUUCUCUCAUGACGUUUCCCGCCUGAAUGUGGUUAUUUGUGCCCCGGGUUCUCUCGUCCGAUGGAUCUUUCGACCACCCGCUUAAACGGACGUCUCAGUUCGUAAUUUCAUCAUAGCCGUACUAACGAAGCUGCCGAAACGACGUUGCGAUUUUUAAUUAAACGCAGUUAUAUAAUUACAUUUGACGAGUUUUAACAAUUUAACGAACGACGAAGGAUAUGAUAACGUACUCCUGAAUAUUCUACCCUAACCUUGUCGCGAACGGUCGAUUAACUUCGCGCUGUAUAAAAUAAGAAUAAUAUACACGUCAAAGGAAUAAAAAAAGAAAUAAAAAUAAAUAAAUAAAAUAACCAACGAACGAAUCAAAUCAUGUCGCGACGGAGAUAUGUUGGCGUUUUAUCGCCGUUAAACGACAGUGAAAACGCUAAACGAGAGGUUAAAUCAACUGCUCCAGACGACGUCGACGCUUCACCCAUGACCACCAUCGUCAACGCUCUUGACAUGUCGACUAUAUCAAGCGGAGAUACGCCGACACGCUGCCGCACCGGUGCAAAUCUUGCUACCUAUGUCAUCGACGAAAUUUCGCAGAAACUGGAUUUUUCCGGGUCACCAGUUGCCGAGGCCUCGAAUCACCAGACAAACCAAAGACUCUUCAAAAAUGCCUUCAAACUCACUCACAGGACACAUGAAGCGACCGUAAGACGAUCGCUGGCCCGUCGCCUUGUUGGCAUGACGUCGCAAGACCUUACCAACUCUGAAAUAGUGCUGCCAUCUUCCUCCGGCAAGGAGAACGGAUUCGCACUCCGUAGAUCCCAGACCUCCAAAAGUAGUCCUCGAAAGCUUCCCGCACCGGUAAAAUCCCGUGCGCCUCUGGAGGAUUGGGAUCCGAACAGCCAGGACAGUGGAUAUGGGACGAAUUAUCCUGACAAGGAUGACGUCAAAUGUCAGGAUCAGUUCAGGUUUGCGGAACCAUUGGGUGUCGCUCCGAGACGUUCUUCCGCCGAGUCCGGAAGUCCGUUGCGAUCCCCGCAUAGAUCACCGGUCAGAAACAUCCGACCUCCGUUCUUCAACAGCCUUUCAUCCGGCUCGGAAAGCAUGGACGACGGUUUCACAGAGCUCGUCGACAUGGAAAAUCUGGACGAGGACACGCAGCUACCCUGCGGAUUGUCAUCGCUUCUCUCCGGUCAGAUUAUGGCCGAGAAGCCGACGGAGUCCGAGCUCACAACGCCGGAAGGCCGCCCGAAGCUUUCCAUGCGGCGUUCGCUCUCUCUGCAGAACGAAAACGUCACACCUCAGAGCUCGAAGGUCAGAUCCUGCCUGUUCAGAUCUCCGACCGCGAUAUGCUCGGUGUCAAGAUUAUCCUUCGACGACAGCCCACGGAUGAAUUCGUCGCCCGUAUCGCCGCCACCAAAAUCGUUCAAGAGACCUGAACCACCGACAAAUGCCAGCCCGGCAUUCGUCAAGAGAUCUAGGAAAUCUAACAGCCUGCAGGAUAUAUCGGAGAAAACUACCAGCCCACAGAAGCCGUCCCUUCAGAGAUGCUUUUCGGAGACUGAGGCUCACGCUCUCAUCAAAUCUGCGAUUCACAGAAGUACAACCGACGCCGAUCUCACCGGAGAUUUCAGCAAACAGUGCAUACUUCCAUUGGCCGAAGGACAGCACGAAGAUCUUAAAUCGAUAUCCUCGAGCACAUUGGCGGCGCUGAUUCGCGGAGAGUUCACCGAUCGUGUAAGGUCUUUCAAGAUUGUUGACUGCAGAUAUCCAUACGAAUUUGAAGGAGGCCACGUCGAAGGCGCCUUAAACCUCUUUAGCAAAGACAUGAUCGAACAGCAUCUACUCGAACCGUUGACGAAUGUUCCGGAAAUUCAAUCGGACGCAGAAAAGCGGGACAUCGUUGUUUUUCACUGUGAAUUUUCCUGGGAAAGAGGACCAAAUCUUUCCCGUUUCCUUCGCAACAUAGACAGACAACGUAACAAGGAACACUAUCCGGCGCUCCAUUAUCCAGAGGUAUAUCUCCUUCACGGUGGAUAUCAACAAUUUUACAACCAGCAGAAGGAACUCUGCUCACCCCAGGGAUACAGACCUAUGCGGCAUCCCGAUCACGAAGCAGAUUUGCGCCAGUUUCGCAGCAAGAGCAAGAGUUGGCAAGGCGAAAAAUCGCGAUUAAACAGUUCCUCUGCCCGUACCAAUCUGAAGCGACUCGGUUUGUAGAGUUCUGUGACAUUAUAGCUUAAUUCAUAAAAUAAAUACGAUAUGUGAUCUCGAGUGUGAAUGUGUAAUAAAUAAAUAGCUGAGAAUUAAAAAAAUAAGUUUGAAGAGUUGGACUUCAAGUGCUGUUCUUUUUUUCUCGCUUCAUAUCUAGGGAAAUAUUAAAUAUAUUUUCUAGAUUUAUGAAAAUACCUGUUUUUGUACAUAUGAUAAAUUUUAAGUAUACGCAUAUAUAUGUAUAUGAAUGUGUGUGUGUGUGUACGUAUGUAUGUAUCCAUAUAUAUAUAUACAUGUAUAUAUAUAUAUAGUAUCAAGCAAGUACAAGAAGCAAAAUAAAACACCUAAUACAGAUCAUUAAUCACUCGUAGUAAAAUAUUGGAGAUUAAUUAUAAUGCGAACCGAAAAAUUAAAUAUGUACAUAAGAUUAUUACUGCCUCAAUUUUAACGAUGGCAAAAGCAAUAGCCUGAUUGUAGAUGAUGGCAAAAGCAAUACAGCUGUACACAGGUGUCAUGUUCACAAAUUUUAAUGCUUAUAUAAAAUUGGGCAGGCAUCCCACUGUACAUAUAUGACACUACUCCGGAUGCAGCUACUUUUCCUAAGUCCAAAAAUGCGAAGAAUUGAAACGAAUCGCGGUAUAGGUAGUCUUGGCGUAACUUCGGUGAAAAAUGCAUUGAUUACGAAUCUAAUUGAAUUUCUGUAUCAAGAAUAGUGUUAUAUGGUGAUGUAUUAUUAAUCCUUCCAUGAAUAUAUUUUACAAAAUUGAA